AUGGCUUCUUCUUCUCAUGAUGAUGAUGCGUUUGAUGAUGCAUUUGAUGAUGUUUUUGAUGAUGUCUAUGAUCAAUAUUUUGAUCAAGCAUUUGAGAAUUUGACCAUUCGUCGUGAUCAAGAAGAACGAAGAAAGAAAAGAAAAAAACGAGCGUAUAUCGAAAGACAUCGUGAGGAAGGGCAUAUUCGUUUAUGGAAUGAUUAUUUUAGUUAUACUCCAACGUAUCCUGAAAAUUUCUUCCGACGACGUUUUAGAAUGAACAAGUCAUUGUUUAUGCGUAUUGUUGACCGUCUCUCCAACGAAGUUCAAUACUUUCAACAAACGCGAGAUGGUCUCGGAAGGAGCAGUCUCUCUCCCCUUCAAAAGUGUACUGCAGCGAUUCGUGUCUUGGCAUAUGGGUCUGCGGCUGAUGCGGUCGACGAAUACCUCCGGCUCGGUGAAACAACAACUCGGUUAUGCGUGGAAAAUUUCGUCGAAGGGAUUAUAUAUUUGUUUGCCGGUGAGUACCUCAGAAGACCGACACCGGCUGAUCUUCAACGUCUACUUCAUGUUGGAGAGUAUCGAGGAUUUCCCGGAAUGAUUGAAAGCAUCGAUUGUACGUUAAACGAUAUCAAUGUUCUUGAUCGCUCGCCUGUUUUUGAUGACAUUAUAAACGGUGAAGCUCCUCCAGUCACUUUCUCUGUCAAUGGAAGAGAGUAUCAUAUGGCUUACUAUCUCACCGAUGGGAUCUAUCCAAAUUGGGCGACUUUUAUCCAAUCAAUUCCACAACCACAAGGGCCGAAAGCUGUUUUAUUUGCUCAAAAUCAGGAAGCUGUCCGAAAAGAUGUCGAGCGUGCAUUUGGAGUCUUGCAAGCUCGCUUCGCCAUUGUCAAAAAUCCAGCGCUGUUUUGGGACAAAGCCAAAAUUGGGAAGAUUAUGAGAGCGUGUAUCAUACUACAUAAUAUGAUUGUAGAAAAUGAAAGAGAUGGAUACAGUCUAUUUAAUGUUGCGGAGUUCCAACAAGUAGAAGACAACGGAACUUCACAAGUCGAUCUCGGUUUUUCACAGGAAAUGCCUACAAAUAUCGCCAAUAUGAUGCAUUCUCGACAAAGAAUUCGUGAUGAACCAACGCAUCACCAACUAAAAGCUGAUUUGGUUGAACAUGUAUGGCAUAAAUUCGGAUCUGAUGAAGACGACAACUGA